UCUUCAGCUUCUCACGAUGAUUGAUCCUUUAGAGAAUGACCUCUUUGACAUUCCUGAUUAUGAACAUACAGAAGAUGAGAAUUUCCCCCCUCUACCUCCACCACACUCUCCUGGGGUCGGAGAAGACAACGCUGGCGAUAUGGAAAAUGGAGAUGACUGGACUAAGAAUAUGGGUGGGACACAGCCAGAAGAAGCACCUAAACCUGCCAGGAGAGCAGUAAAGCGGCCACAGCCCAAACUGGAUGCCAAUCGGCUUACUUCACAGCGGGGUUUACCAGCUUUACGACAUCUGUUUGAGGAUACAAAGUUCAAAGGCAAAGGUCAUGAGGCUGAGGACUUGAGGGUUCUGCUCAGACAGAUGGAAAAUUGGGCACACAGGCUUUAUCCAAAGCUGCAGUUUGAAGAUUUCCUGAAUCGGUUAGAAACAUUGGGGAAUAAAAAGGAGGUGCAGACUUGCUUAAAAAGAAUACGGAUGGAUCUGCCCAUUGUCCAUGAAGACUAUGUCAGUGAUGAAGUUGUUGUACAGAUGGAAGAUCACCUUGAUUCUGAAGACUUGCCUGCUUACCCAGAACCCUCUGCACCAUCUCUGUCACAGCCCAACACCACUGAACUGAGUGAAGAGACAAGACAGAGGAUAGAGAGGAACAGACUUCUGGCUCUGGAGAAGAGAAUGCAGAAGAUUCAGGCACAAGGAGACAGCCAGGCAGAGACCCCUGCACCAGUUGUGUCUCAGGCUUCGUCUGCUGAUCCAGAUGAGAUUCCCGAGGACUUUGAUGAAGAUUUGCUGGAAGAAGUAGACAAUGUAGUGGAAAGCAAUACACAGCCAGUGGCAAGUUCAGUAGUUACCGCAGUGGCAGAAACCCAAUCCAGCGAUACAAAUGCAGAAGUACAAGAUGAAGAUUGA